CAGUAAUUUGUGAUUUACUCCGGUUUGAAUAGAUUAAUAACCGAUAACAACUCUGCACUGCUCUCUCACGUGUGGAGCUUUUUAUGGUGAUUUAUGUGCUAUGCAUCGCAUCGGGUGCUUUUAGUAAUAACAUGCUGGAAUAGGACUUUCCCAGGGCUGACCUUCGUGUAUACACACAUAACGACGUCAAUUUAUCGACUGAGUUGAAUAAACAAGCGAGUUAAAACCACUGAGUCGACCUAGCUGUUUUUAACGGGGAUACGCGAAUGAACUGUGACCAGUUGGCUGUAAUCAAUAUCUGUUUCCGGUUGUUUCGAUUAGAGCUUAGUGUUCGGGAAAGUUUGAUAUGAUAUGACACCCAAUCAUGGGAUGCUCUUCGUCAAGCGCAACGGAGGAUGAAGCGUUUCGUCCGAGUACACCUCGGCAGUCUAGUGCAAACACACAGUUCGUCGGGAAAGUGCCGAGAGAAAGUAGAAAAUUCAAUGAUACAGUGCCAAACAAACCGGAAACCGUCCCGCAAGCUCAUCAGCGCUUGGACGAGGAAAUCUGCGCCCUUGAGAGUACUUGUCCAGGUCCGCGUCUCUUGACGGCGGAGGCAUGGAUUGAACAUCUGCAGACGUUGUUCGGAAGAGGCCGGGCAAUCGAUGAGCAUCCGAACCAAUUGGUAUUGAAUGCUAGGAUCGUUGACAUCCCGAGCGAAAUAUCUGAUCCUUACGAACCGGAAAGUGCGAAUGCAGUUGCGAAUCGUAACCGGGAUGAUACGGCAAAGGUUCGUCGACUAGCACUCAAACUUGACAUAGCAAUGGACUCCGAAAAGGCCGCUCGUCAGGAGGAAUUCAUCGCCCGCAUUUCCCGCUCUGCGAUGGAGCUUGAAGAGGAGAGUUUUCGAGCCGAUAUGAUCGAACUUGCCCGUUCGAGGGCUUAUGGUCUUCGCCAAAGCUUCAGUCGAUUGAAGGCUCUCUAUUUGGAGCUAGACUACCUGAUAGCAUCGGCGAACAAUGGCAACUAUAGCUCACUGAACGAACAACGGUUGGAUGGAGAGCUAGAGUCGGCACGAGACGUUCGCGAUCGCUUGGGUGGAGUUUCUGAACAAUGGCGAACAGCGGGGUCCCUUAUUCGCGCUUCCGCCAAGGGUAUGCUUCAAGCCGUUGAAUGUUGGAAUCUUGUGGAACGCUCGAAGUCUGCACAAGAGAGAAUUGCACUUGCGCUGGAUUGCAGGACUGCUUGCCAUGGCGCACUAAUAACAUUGGGAGCAGCCCAGGCUGCGUUGCCUCAGGUAGAGAUACCAUUUGUAACGCUUAGACAGCAAUCAGCGGUGAAACACGGACUCGUCUACAUGCUGACGGAUAUGGCUAAUGUGACGCGAUAUCGGCACACAAAAAAUGUUUUGGAAGGAUUUUCGAGUAAUGUACAAAAAUCGGUAGAAUGGAUUCAUAACACGUACAAAGACACAUUGCAAAAUGAUCUCAGCGAAGCGGAUCAAACGGUGAUGAUGUUCGCGAAGCAAUUGCGAGAAAUCAGAAAACAUUAUCUCAGUCAACGAAUGGGGUCCAAAAUUUACGCCGGUCUCCCAGCCGGACAUUCUGAGUAAAAAUAAUUGUUUAAAUUGAGUAUUACCUAUUAGAGUCUUAUAUUUUCACUUAAGAAUAUCGAAUAGAAAUAUUUACUUUAUACAAACACAAAAUUUACACUUAUUUAUAUGUCAUUUCCACUUCCUUGGCGUCCGAUAUUUGGGAUUUCUUUAAUACGUGUUCAUAAUCGUCCACGCUGCGUACCGGCUUAUACAGAGGUCGAACCCAGGGUGUGAGAAGUUUCUCGGAGAUGGGUUCCUUUUGUCCUCCUGUCAUGUAGCUGAUAAUUGUUCCAGAGAACACUGCUAUGAGUGUGCCAAGGAUCGAAUAAUACAUGAAUCCCAAUCGGAAAAUCCAGGGAACCUCCGAAUUAUCGUGUCCAUAGGAAUCGAUGUAGUAAGAGGUGGUUGCCGUUCUGUAAGGGUAAUAUUUAUACAUUGUUUUUGUCGGUCUGGAAUGAUUAUUCUCUCACCCUGUUGAAUUGAAGCUCGGACAACCAUCGUAUC